UUAUAAGUUUUUCUCAGGAGAAGGCGAUGAUUUACAGUAUGAUAAGCUGCUGACAGGUCUACGAAGACAGCUCCUGUAUUCUGUUGCUUUUCAAAACCAUCUUCUAUGUGCUGAGUCAGGUUCAACACUUGGAUGUGCCAACAUUUAUAAUGUGCCAGAAGUAGAAUGUGCAAUCAGUAAGGUCCUAUUUGUAUUUUGACAAACCCGCCCUUCGCUGGUUACUUGAAAUUUGAUAUUUCCAAUUUAUAAAAGGAGAAGUAGUGGCUAACAAAAACAGAUCACCGAAUAGAUUUUUUUCUUCUUUCUCUGCCAGCAUUAUCAGAGAACCUUUUCUUAAGGGAAAAAAAAGAUACAACUGACAAAGACUACAGUGAAGAAGGAUGACUUCUACGGAAGACUCGGAAAUUCUUAAAACGCUAUUUCAGUAUCAGAAUGGAUUUCUCAUAUCAAAAAUUAUGUUUACUGCUGCUGAGCUGGGAGUAUUUGAUCUGCUGAGGGAAUCAGAAGAACCCCUGACCGCCGAGGCUAUUGCUGAAGGCCUGGGAACCAGUCACAUAGGAAUGCAAAGGCUGCUGGAAGCCUGUGUGGGUUUGAAACUGCUGAGAAUGGAAAUGAGGGAUAACAAAGGUUUUUAUGGAAACACAGCCCUUGCUGAUCUCUAUCUUGCUAAAUCAAGCCCAAAGUCUCAGUAUUCUGACAUGAAGUUCGAUUCUGAACUAUACUAUCCCAGUUUUCAAUACUUGGCAGACGCUGUAAGGGAAGGAAAAAAUCAGAUCACAUCAAUAUAUGAGUCUCCAAUGAAAGAUUUUUUCCAGGCUAUUUAUAGGUCAGAGGAAGGGAUACAACUAUAUUUUGGUGCUUUGAAAAAUUCUUGGAUUCUGUAUUGUAGAGAAAUGAUAUCUGAGUUUGAUCUUUCUCAGUUUCAUCAUAUUUGUGAUCUGGGAGGAGGAAGUGGCAUCUUCGCCGAAGAACAUAUUUUGUCAUACCCAAAUUCUUCUGUGACCAUUUUUGAUCUACCAGAAGUAGUGGAAAAAGCAAAAAAGAAUUUUGUAGCCUUAGAAGAAAGCCAGAUUUCAUUCCAGGGAGGGGAUUUUUUUAAAGAUUCUGUUCCUGAGGCUGACUUGUAUAUUCUAUCAAGAAUCUUGCACUUAUGGGAUGAUGAAAAGUGCAUGCAACUGCUAACGAAACUGUACAAAGCCUGCAAGCCUGGUGGUGGAGUUUUAGUAAUUGAACCUGUUCUUGAUGAGGAAAGAGUCAAAUACUUUGGCGCUCAUUUUGCUUCCAUAAAGCUGCUCGUCCAUACUGAUGGGAAAACCCGGACUCCAUCAGAGCACAAAGCACUCCUCACUGCAGCUGGCUUCAAGGAGAUUCAAGCAAAACAUGGAAGUGUGUAUGGUGCCCUUUUGGGACGAAAAUAAUGACACCCUUGUUCUUUCUUUUCCAACGUCUAAAGGAAAUUGGGAUAAUAAAGCUCAGUUCACCUUC